AUGGAUCCGAGGUAUGACAUUCCGCGGAGGGCCGCCGCCGGCGGUGGCGGCGGGGGCUCCGCGAAUUCGUCCCCCGCUUUGGGGGCUCAGUCACGCCGCAGGAAGAUGCCUCCCAGACCCGCUGAUUUCAAACUUCAGAUCAUUAUAAUUGGCUCUCGCGGUGUUGGUAAAACAAGUCUCAUGGAGAGAUUUACCGACGACACUUUCUGCGAAGCUUGCAAGUCGACCGUAGGAGUUGACUUCAAAAUCAAGACAGUUGAGCUGAGAGGGAAGAAGAUUAGACUACAGAUAUGGGAUACUGCAGGCCAGGAGAGGUUCAACAGCAUCACGUCAGCCUACUACAGAGGAGCCAAGGGAAUUGUGCUUGUGUAUGAUAUCACAAAACAAGAGACCUUUGAUGACCUUCCCAAGUGGAUGAAAAUGAUAGACAAGUAUGCCUCAGAGGAAGCAGAGCUUCUGCUUGUCGGGAACAAGCUGGACUGUGAGACUGAUCGCAUCAUCUCCAGGCAACAAGGAGAGAGGUUUGCCUCUCGAAUAAGUGGAAUGCGCUUCUGCGAAGCUAGUGCAAAGGAUAAUUUUAAUGUGGAUGAAAUCUUCCUGAAACUUGUGGAUGACAUUCUUAGCAAGAUGCCUCUGGAAGUUCCCAACAAGGAGCUUUCCAACAGUGUCCUGUCUCUGCAGCCUGAACCGGAAGUGCCACCGGAGUUGCCCCCUCCUCGCAUGCGCUGUUGCUGAGAUUCAGAGUGGUUUCCCACCCUAUCUAUACACACACGCAUACAUACAUACACACACGCACACAGCUCACACAUGCAGAAUACCAAUCUGGCCGGCAGGGGGCAGCACACAGCAGCAUUUUGGAAUCGUCGGCUGCUGCUGAAAAGCGUGGACUCUCUUUAAACAACCAGUGUUAUCUUCCCCUGAUUAUUCUCCUGUUUUGUAACUGUACACUAUGACCUGCACCACACUAACACUUAGGCCUGAAGAAUCACCCACUUCCUUCCACCUUUCUGUCAACACUUGACCCAGACUACCUCAUUGCUCAGAUGGUUAGGCUAGCUGUGCCCAGCAGGUGCCUUCCAAGUAGAGUCCUCUGGUAGCAGUUGCACUUUUUUUUUUUUUUUUUUUGAGGAGGGCGAUUACUGAGGGCCUUACAGCUUGUUUGCUUCUGGUUGUCUUUUGUCAUCACACCAAGUUUAACAUUGUCUGAGUUGGGUCUGUUAUCUGCAUUUUCUAGCUCACAGAAAAGGGAUGGCAGCAUCUCACAGCUCCCCUGCUUAGUUUAAACUCCCAAUCUGCAGGUACAUAGUUUUAGUGUAGUUUUGUGUGCUUAUUAAAAUGUAUGGUUUCAGAAUGACACAAAGUAAACAAAAGCACAUGGUGUAAAUAUAGUGUGUUGCUGUAAUGACUGGACAUGGUGCAGAUGGUUGUGGCCAGCAGUGGGGGGCUGUGUCGUGGUGAUAUCAUAUCAGCUUAUAUUGCUUUGCCUUAAUAGUAUUAAAGUGGCUGGAACAGCUCCUUUCAAAUGUGUAUAAAUUGUAAUUUUUGCACUACAAUCCAUUUUUCCUAGUUAAGCUGACAUGCAGAAAUGGAAAGUACAUGGCAUAUAGUUUAGCACUAAUAAAGAUCGAUCUCGCCGCAGCAGUGGCCACUCUGAACUCUUCCAUGGCCAAUGGGGAUGCAAGGACAGAUGGGUAAUGUAGUCUUUGUACAAGGGAAUUCUCCCUGUGUGUGUGGCCGGUAUAUCAGAGAAGAAAGUGCACUGGCAUAUGUGGUUCAGCCCUUGUUUUGUUACUAAUAUUUGUGUUUUGUUUUUCCUUUGAAUUCAGAUACAGGUUAGCAACAAAUGCGUGUGUGUCCCUUUUGGAGGGAAAAGCGCAGGAAGGUUUGGUUAGUAUUUGAAUGACUCAGGAAACUUUGGUCGGUUCCUAUCUGUGCAUUCUGUUGUACUAGCGGCUUGAUUGGCUUUGAGUUCUUUAACAAAAUAAAUGUAAUGCUUAAAGUUGACAUUUGUGGGGGGUUUUUGUUUUUGUUUGCUCCUUUUUGAUUUGGAUUUGGCAGUUUAUGGACCAGUAUGUGGAUAACCUGUUACUUCCACAUUUUCAGAAAUAUUAUAUAGUGCAUGUAAUGUAAGACCUCCUGCGUAAAAUUAAAUCCUUUAAAAGGGGACCUAUUAUGCUCAUUUUCACAUUUGUAUUCUUGGACUCUACUAGAAUGAAUUUGCAUGAUUCACAGUUCAAAAUAAUCCUUAUUUAUCUUAUACUGGGCUUCCCUGAAAACCCUUAGCAGAUGCAACCUGUCUGAAACAAGUCAUUUGGGCUACCGUACCCCUCCCUUUAAGAUUUCUAGAUUUCUUCUGAUUGGCGGUCCCUCACAAACAGAAGACUUGAACAGCAGGAGGGUGAAGUAAUUCUCAAAAAUGAGAUACUACAGAUCUGGGGUCUGGAUAUGAAAGGGAAUAUUCAUAGCAGUCUGAAGCCUGAACUUUGACUCUCAUUUAAACUUUGGCCAGGUUUGAUAUAGCACCAUGUAUCACCGCAUUGUGAUAUAUAUAACAAGAAAAGCAUAAUAGGUCCGCCUGAUUUCUUCUCUUUGUUUUUAAAUGAAUCCGAUACUGGCAAUGUAGCGCUGUGUUUGUGUUUUGUUAGAUGUGGCAGUAAAAGCUCGAGUCUGAGGUUGAGGAAAGGAUGAGGAAAACUAUUCAAAUGACCUGAUUUUAAAUUUUUUUUUUUUUAUAUUAAACGCGAGCUUUUGCGGGAAUGAAAUGGCACAUUGUGUAUUCUAACAAAUGAAGACGUUCAUCAAAAAACAGAUGAUGAAAUGGGAUGCCUUUGCUAAUGAAACUCUCUUUCAUCAAAGCACAUCUUGCAAUAAGAUCAUCAGCCAGCAAAAUGACCUCUGAAUACAAAUUAUCUGAAAAUCUGGGGAUUUAUCACAACAUGAGCCGUGAGGAUUUCUUCUCUUGUUUGGGAGGAAAGUUUUCAUUUGUCCCCCUCCUUUGACUUCCAGCAUUUGGCACUAACCCUGUGAUCUUUGUUUUAAUAGCCCAAGCCUUACUUUACUACUCAGUGUUUAAAAUAUACAUUAAAAAUGCUUUUAUUUGAAAUGUGUAUCCUUUAAGAUGGAAGACUGUACUUUGUAUUAAACCUGUUUUUUGAAAAGUUUUGGCAUGUUUAAAGCAGAUUUGUGGUAUUUAUAACUUGUGGCAUUCUUGAACUAAUGAAAUUGAAUUAAAGAUGUCUAUAUUUAUUACCAGA